UGAAAAAUCCACUGAAGGAGUGGAAGACUAGGAAGUAGAGGUGGCAGGUUUCUUGCACCUCUCUUUGCACUAUGGAGUUUGCUGAGCUGAUUAAAACCCCUCGUGUGGACGGGGUGGUCUUGCGCCGACCCUUCAUGCCUACUGUGGAGGGAACGCUGUGUCUAACAGGACAUCACCUCAUCCUGUCAUCUCGACAAGAUAACACUGAAGAACUCUGGCUGCUCCAUGCCAACAUUGACUCGAUUGAGAAAAGAUUUAUCGGGUCACUUGGAACUAUUAUUGUAAAGUGUAAAGACCUGCGAGUGAUCCAGCUGGACAUACCUGGCAUGGAGGAAUGUCUUAAUGUUGCCAGCUCCAUUGAGGCUCUGUCCACGCUGGACUCUGUGUCCCUGAUGUACCCGUUCUUUUACCGGCCUCUGUUUGAGGUCAUAGAGGAUGGAUGGCAGUUGUUUGUCCAAGAGGAGACUUUCAAAGACCUGGAGUCUAUGACAGAUGAAUGGAGACUGAGCGAGGUAAAUGAAAACUUCAGCGUGUGCCCCUCCUACCCCUCCCUGCUGACCGUGCCCAAAGACAUUGAUGAUGAAACUCUCCGCAAAGCUGCUUCCUUCCGUCAUGGUGGCCGUUUCCCGGUGCUCAGUUACUAUCACAAGAAAAAUGGCAUGGUGAUGAUGCGAGCAGGGCAGCCACUAACAGGAACCAAUGGGCGUCGCUGCAAAGAAGACGAGAAACUAAUCAAUGCCACACUUUGCGCAGGGAAGCGUGGUUACAUCAUUGACACACGGACGAUAGCUGUAGCGCAGCAGGCUAAAGCUCGCGGAGGUGGAUUUGAGCAGGAAGCCAACUACCCGCAGUGGAGGAGGAUCCAUAAAGCUAUCGAGAGGUCCAGCAUUCUGCAGGAGAGUCUGAUAAAGCUGGUGGAGGCAUGCAAUGAUCAAUCUCACAGCAUGGACCGCUGGCUCAGUAAACUAGAGGCCUCCAACUGGCAGAGUCAUGUUAAGGAAAUCCUCACCACUGCUUGCCUGGCUGCACAGUGCAUUGAUAGGGAAGGAGCUUCAGUGUUGGUUCAUGGCACAGAGGGCACAGAUUCCACAUUGCAGGUGACCUCCCUGGCUCAGAUCAUCCUCGAUCCAGCGUGCAGAACCAUCCGUGGCUUUGAGGCUCUGAUUGAACGAGAGUGGUUACAGGCCGGUCACUCGUUCCAGCAACGCUGUGCUGUGUCUGCACACUCCAACGGGAAGCCACGCAAUGAAGCACCUGUGUUCCUGCUCUUCCUGGACUGUGUGUGGCAGAUUCUGCGGCAAUUUCCAUGCUCCUUCCAGUUCAACGAGAACUUCCUGGUCAUGCUCUUUGAGCACGCCUAUGCCUCACAGUUUGGCACUUUCCUUGGAAACAGUGUGGCCGAGAGAGUGAAGCUGCACUUGUCUCAGAAAACCGUGUCUCUGUGGUCUUGGGUGAACAGACCUCAGGAGCUAGAGCGAUUUCUCAACCCACUUUAUGAGACCAAUAACCUGGUGAUAUGGCCGUCUGUUGCCCCUCAGAGCCUGCUGCUGUGGGAGGGGGUGUUCCUUCGCUGGAAUCGCUCCACAAAAUGUUUGGAUGAGGCUUAUCAGGAGAUGGUCCAUAUAAUAGAGUACAACAAGGAGCUGCAAAACAAAGUGAACAGCCUUCGGAGACAGCUGGCUCAGCUGGAGACAGAGGACAGCCCACUGCAGACUCCGUAAAACAUGCCAGUCCAGCAUACUGAAAGAUUUCAACAGAAUUAUACACUUCUGAUUUAUCAUGUGUUAUGUUUCACACACAUACCCCCGCCUCCUUAUCUGACUGUUCUUUCCCUUUCUCAGAACAAGCAUUUGUGUAAAUACUCCUAUUGCUCAACUUUAUUUGUGUUAACAUCACGUUUAAUUAAUCUCCAACUACGAUAUUGCUACUAGAUCUGCUUCUCUAUUAGUGUAUGAUUAGUGCAUUUCUUUUCGCACUCAAAACACUAUGCCAAUGCCACCCUCGUCCUUAUUGCUUGCUAAAGUAAAACACUCUGAAGUGAUUGGCUGAGGAAGUUGUGGUAAUUGUGGUGAUGUCAUUUCACUAGAUACUUUUUUUUUUUUUUUUUAAAUGUGUGGUGUGGUUUACACAUUCUCAGAGACAAGGAACUGCCAAUGUGCCAUAGUUUAUUUUAUAUUCUGUGCCACAAAGUGCAAUAGACAAUAUAGCUAGUAAACAAUAGCUGUUUUAAAAGGGAAAGAAUUUGGCAAUGACUAUGGAAUGCUGGAAAUUCUCACUAGUGUUUUAGAUCUUGCGUAAAUAGGUAUUGGCCACAAGAUUAAGAGAUUGUCCCGGUUAGUUUUAAGCACGUAAAAUCUUUUUGUGCACAGGUAAUAUUGAUAUUUCUUUAUAGUAAAGGUAUUUAGAAUAUUGUUAAGGAAGCGUCUCUGCAUAUUUGUGUUGGUCAGUAAUCUUUAAAAUGUUCCAUUUUUGGUGAAUAUGAAGAUCUUUGUUCGGAUAUACAAAGCAGUAGUUUGGAAACAUCUAAAAAUAAAUCCCACUGGGAUUAUUACAAUUUCCGUUCAGCACAAAAGCAUUUCACCCUGUCCAUUUCACUAGGGAUGAAAUGUUUCAAAACUACAUGAUCACAUCUGUAAACUAAUGCUAAUCAUUUAAUACUUAAUGAUAUGUAUGCAAAUCAAUUAAUAUACAGUAUAUGCUCAAUGUGCCAUUUAAGUCUUAAAGUCCAUUUGUUUCAUAAAUGUGCACUAAAUCUAUUGUGCAGUGACUCCUUUUAGCAUAAAAAGUUUAUAUUACUUUAAUAUUCCAUGGGUUGCUUACCAUCUUAUACACCCUGCUGCAUGUACAGUAGAAAUGUCUUUAAGUUUGAUAUGUUAAUACUGGGUAUAGUCUGGUCAUCUUUAUCAGGUGUUUUUGUAAUGUACUGUAUAUGUGUAGGUUACCCGCACAUUGGUUAUUAAUUGAUGGCACUUCAAUAGCGUUACUGACCUAAAAUAGAUUUAUCAUUGUAUAAUUGUCUAAUAAUAGUUUAUACAGUGUCAUGUCUUGCUUUACAAAAAGUAAUUUUGAUCAAAUGUUUAACUGAUGUAUGUUAUGUUCUAUGGGCAUUAAAAGAUCA